AUGACGACGACUCACCUCGACACAUCAGAGGUCGAUAGCUAUGAUUAUCUCAUUGUGGGUGGUGGCACAGCGGGCUGUGUCAUUGCUUCCCGCCUGGCCGAAUACCUGCCACACAAGAAGGUUUUGUUGAUAGAGGCCGGGCCCAGCGACUUUAUGGACGACCGAGUCCUGGAUCUCAAACAAUGGCUGAAUCUCUUGGGCGGCGAGCUCGAUUACGACUACGGAACCACGGAGCAACCGAUGGGAAACUCUCACAUUCGACAUUCGCGUGCCAAAGUACUGGGCGGAUGCUCCAGCCACAACACCUUGAUCUCUUUCCGCCCCUUCGAAUAUGACUGUCGGAUCUGGGAGUCCCUGGGCGCCAAAGGCUGGACGUUUCCCACGUUCAUGCGCGUGCUCAACAAACUCCGCAACACGGUGCAGCCGGUGCACUCGCGACACCGGAACCAACUGUGCCUCGACUGGGUCGACUCUUGCAGCAAAGCGAUGAACAUCCCCGUUGUGCACGACUUCAACCGAGAAAUCGCGACGACCGGCGCCCUGAAGGAGUGCGUCGGCUUUUUCUCCGUCAGCUACAACCCGGACGACGGGCGCCGGUCCAGUGCGAGCGUCGCCUACAUCCACCCGAUUCUGCGGGGCGACGAGCAGCGACCGAACCUCAAGAUCCUCACCAACGCGUGGGUGUCCAAGAUCAACGUGCACAACGGGGACACUGUCACGGGGAUCGACCUGACCCUCCAAUCCGGCCAGAAACUGACCCUGACCGCGCGCACGGAAACGAUCCUGUGUGCUGGUGCCGUCGACACGCCGCGCCUGAUGCUAUUGUCGGGCUUGGGCCCUGCAGAGCAACUCUCAUCUCUCUCCAUCCCCGUGGUCAAAGAUUUGCCUGGCGUGGGCGAGAAUCUGCUCGAUCACCCAGAAACCAUCAUCAUCUGGGAACUGAACCGGCCCGUACCACCGAACCAGACGACCAUGGACUCGGACGCCGGCAUCUUCCUGCGUCGUCAACCGGCCAACGCGGCGGCCCAGAAAGCGACGCCGACCAACCCCGCGGCAUUGCCGGACGACAACAUCGCGGAUGUGAUGAUGCAUUGCUACCAGAUCCCCUUCUGCCUGAACACGACGCGGCUAGGCUACGACACACCCAUCGACGCCUUCUGCAUGACACCCAACAUCCCGCGGCCCCGGUCCCGCGGUCGACUGUACUUGACCUCCAACGACCCGAGCGUCAAGCCGGCCUUGGAUUUCCGCUAUUUCACCGACCCCGAGGGCUACGACGCCGCCACAUUUGUCUUUGGGCUUCGGGCCGCGCGCAAGAUCGCCCAGCAGGCGCCGUUCAAGGAUUGGAUCAAGCGCGAGGUCGCGCCCGGGCCGGAGCUGCAGACAGACGAGGAACUGAGCGAGUACGCCCGCCGCGUCGCUCACACGGUCUACCAUCCCGCGGGCACCACCAAGAUGGGCGACGUGCGGAAGGACAAGUUUGCCGUGGUGGAUCCGGCGCUGAAAGUGCGUGGGCUCAAAGGGCUCCGCAUCGCCGACGCCGGCGUCUUUCCUGCCAUGACAACCAUCAAUCCCAUGCUGACGGUGCUGGGCAUUGGUGAGAGGUGUGCUGAGAUGGUGGCUGGGGAGGCUGGAUGGAAGGAAGACGGCGAUUCGAUUAAAGCGAGGUUGUAG